AUGAAAGCUUAUUUUACAUCAAAGUAUGCAAACAUCACUAAAGAAUCUUUAGAGAUGUUUAAGUCUUACUGCAUUGUCUGUCAAGAAAAACGGAAGCGUCUGAAGACUGCUGGAGUUGUUGUAAAGCCUAUUUUAAGCAGUGAUCUCAAUUCUCGGGGCCAGGUUGAUCUGGUAGACAUGCAGUCAUCUCCCCAAGCUCAGUUCAAGUGGAUUAUGGUACACCAGUGCCACUUAUCAAAGUUUGUGAUACUUCAACCUCUUACAUCAAAAAGAGCAGCUGAAGUUGCCUUUUUCAACUGCUCGACAUCUUCUUGCUGUUUGGUACUCCUGCAAUCCUUCAAAGUGACAAUGGUUCUGAAUUUACAUCUCAUGUCAUCACAGAACUAA